UGGGCACAGAGAUGGAGCGGAGAAAUGUCACCCGAGGUAAUUUAACCUAUCCUUUAUGUCGCUUGUAAAAAUAUUUAAUGUAUAAUUAUUAUUUUAUAGUUAUUCACCGAAUCCGAAAUGAGGCUCAUUUCACCCUUGUCGCCAUCAAAAUACUCGGAUAUGUCGCCAAUGCACGAAGACGCUUCGCAGGUACAGGCAGCUGAUGAGGAUCGUGGUGUUGAUGAAUUUUUAGCACAGGCGACACGGGCACCAACCAUGACAUUGCCUAUUGAUGAUACCGAUGGACUAGCACAGACGGCCAUAGACAAACGUCAUAGACGUGAUUUGUACACUGAUGCACAGUACCCUCCAUGGUAUAUAAUACCACAAUAUAUAGAACCAGCGAGCCUCGCAGUUGAUGAGAACGACGGUCCGACGUCUUUCAACCACUCGCCAUCAAUUCUAGACUUCACAGGCGGCAAGUCCACGAACAAAACGGAACGUAAAACGCAAACUCUUUUUGAAUGA